GACAGCACAGAAAGUUUUCUCUGUACAGCCGAGCUCUCCGCACAGCAUGAGGGGGAUUAUUAGAGUCGCCGUGCUUUGCCUGGCGUUUGGUAUAGUAACUAGUACAGAUGGUGUAACGCAGAAUAGCACCUCUCCAAACCCCCCUGAAGAUUCCUCGUCAGACUGGGGCAUUGGAUCAAUACGAGAUGGGUUCGAAGCAGUCAAUGGUUAUUUUGAUUCCUUUUUGGAACUCCUGGGUGGAAGAAACGGAGUUUGCCAAUACAAGUGCCGUUAUGGCAAAGCCCCGCUUCCCCGACCGGAAUACAAUCCUCCAGAACCCAAUGGUUGCAGCUCCUAUUUUCUUGGUCUCAAGGUACCAGAAAGUUUGGACAUGGGUAUCCCAGCUAUGACAAAAUGCUGUAACCAACUGGAUAUCUGCUAUGACACUUGUGGGGCAAACAAAUACCGCUGUGAUGCAAAGUUCCGCUGGUGUCUGCACUCCAUCUGCUCAGACCUGAAGAAAAGCCUGGGGUUUGUCUCCAAAGUUGAAGCCUGCGAGUCAGUGGCUGACACAGUUUUUAACACAGUCUGGACCUUGGGAUGCAAACCUUUCAUGAACAGUCAAAGAUCAUCCUGUAUCUGCAAUGAGGAGGAAAAAGAUGAACUGUAAGAAUAAUAGAGACGUCAACCAGACAUCAUAGAAGACUGCGGUAGUGCAUAGCCAAGUGGACAAUGCAGAGACUCUUCAACACUGUGUAGAUAUUCACUGAGGAACACUGUACUACUGCAAUCAGAAGUAGCUCAUCUGCUUACUUAUAGGUUAAGUUGUAUCUGGCCUUCAGGCUUGUAUAACAACAGGCUGAAGAACGUGAAGACCAGCUAUUUCUAGAUUCCAGGGAUGGAUUUGGGAGUUGCCAUUCUGAUGGUCAUGCCAUGACACACAUAUUUACAAAUUCCUUCUGAUUAAACAACUAUUUAUUGAGAUACCCAAUGCUGAAUAUCCCAGCAAUGGAACCAUCCAUGGAAUCAUGCAGAACACAUACAAAUUGUGCCAGAUACACAGGAGCGAACAUUUCCACUAAAAAGGUGUUGGACCCUAGUUGAUCAACACAAGGUUUGAUCAUCAAAUUUUACAGUGAUCACCAAUGUUACCUGGUAUAUUGUAGAGAAGCCCCUAAAGAGCUAAUUGUAUGGUAUUCUAUGGAUUAUACCUUUUAUCAGUAAGAUAAUACACAUUUCUGUAUUGCCAGCCAAACCUGCCGAGAACCCUCAGUUUGGCCAUAAUGUGUGUGGAGAACUCCCGACUCUGACUUUUGUUCUCCCGGGAGAUAAGCCACCACCAGAAGUGUCUGGCAGACGCUUUCCAUGCUCUCCUCAUAGAACGCACAUACAUGUUCAGCCAAGCUGAACAUUUAUAUGUAUGAGGGAGUCGGGUGAGACAGCUGUUGAAUGUGUUUGGCCGCCCUUACUUGGGAAUGUGUUCUAUUGCCCCUCUACUCUCUUUUAAUCUAAGCUGAUCGUACACAUUUUAUGUAGGUUGGCAAACCUGCUAAUUUUGGUGGGAUCAGCCAACCACCAAAAGUGUAUGGAGUCCACCCAACUCUCCCCACAAUGCCAGAUGUGAGAGAAGAGAAGGGGCAAACGUAUUUGAUUUCAAUGUGCCUGCUCCAUUUCUUCUCAUGGAGAUAAGCUGCCUACCAGAGGUUUCUGGCAGUAGCUUUCUCCCAUCUCCCGCUCACAACACAUGCAUGCCCAGCCAGGAGACACAACUUUCAGCUGAAUGAGCUUAGUGAAUUGCCAGCUUUGCUGUUAGCAGGAAGCAGCGAACCUUCUUUGAGAUUCAGAAGGAUUAUACAUAUUUUGUUCACAUUAGUUCACGCGUUGGCAUAACUAUGUUCCCUAUUUUGUGCUCCUAUAUAUGAAUACAAAAAUACAUUUGAUCCUAUUGUGGUGCACCUGACUGACUCUCAAUAAAGAUAGCUAUAAUAAAA